AAUGGAUGGUGCCGAAGCCGCUUAUAGGAAUGCCGCGCGUCCCCCUCGCACACAAUAGGCGCACAUGUUCCAGUCGGCACUGAAGUAGGAGCUCGGUGGAAGCAGACAGACGCAAAGCCGCAGCAUGGAGCAGGGAGCCGCGCAUUGAUAUCCGGGGGACACCUUUGCCCGCUGCCACAUCUCUGUUAUACCCAGGCUGCUGUGCCCAGUGACAGACAUGAGGAUCUGGAGCUCGGAGCACGUGUUCAGCCAUCCCUGGGAUACAGUAAUUAAGGCUGCCAUGAGGAAAUACCCCAAUCCUAUGAAUCCCUGUGUAGUGGGGGUAGAUGUUGUUGACCGGAAUCUGGACUCCCAAGGCAGAUUACACAGUCAGCGCUUGCUAUGCACAGAAUGGGGCCUGCCCAGCCUAGUAAGAGCGAUCCUUGGAACCAGCAGAACUCUGACGUACAUUAAGGAACAUUCUGUGGUUGAUCCAGUAGAGAAGAAAAUGGUGUUGUGUUCAACAAAUAUUUCACUUACAAACCUGGUUUCCGUUGAUGAACGUUUGGUUUACACUCCUCAUCCAGAAAAUCCAGAACAAACAGUUCUUACCCAAGAAGCCAUAAUCACUGUAAAAGGUGUCAGUCUGAGCAGUUAUUUGGAAGGCUUGAUGGCUAGCACAAUCUCAUCCAAUGCCAGAAAGGGGUGGGAUGCAAUUGAAUGGAUCAUACAAAAUUCAGAAAGCACUGUAAGCUAACAGUGUCUGCCUCCGCUGUACUAACUAGUGAGGGACUAUCAUUCAGUGUUCAACUGACAAAUGAAGCUGUGACCUGGCACGUAGCUGACGUCAGUCCUGCAGAGCAACAUGUCCGACAGCGGCUGUAUCUUCACAAGCAAGAAGCGCACAAACAUGCCUGGCACAUUCUCACAUACGGACGCUCCUCUAAUUGAACUCAUUCGUUUUUCUAUUUUUGUACAAUAUUUCUUAUGCAAGGGAUCUCAGACUUAGAUUUCUGCAAUAAAGGUUUUGGUUUGUGGCAUGGUUCCCUCCCUUUCCCCUUUGCAGUUUGGACUUAUUAAUGAUUUGUGGUGAGCAAUACAUAGCACAAAUAGGGAUGGGCGAUUUUGAGGCGUUUGGUUUCGCCAAAAAUUUGCGUCGCCGACGCUCAUUAAAGUCUAUGGGCGUCAAAAAAUAUUGUCACGCGGCGAACUUUUUUUUGACGUACGCUGCCAUACAAGUCUAUGGGCAUCAUUUCCAUGGCGAAACAAGGUGAAAAAAUUCGCCCAUCCCUACGCACAAAUUGUCAUUCAUUGCAAAUAAUUAACACCCCUAGAAAUUCCGGCUUUCAGCGCUGUUUCUUCCGCUUCAGAAAUACUAUAAUUGCCCCUGUAUGUUUUUAUUACCCUUUUAGUAACGAGAUUAUUUUCUGCUAAUCCAUUCAUUCUGGAAGUAUCUUAAGAAUUUUAAAUAUUUUAUUAAGUUUCAAAAUGAUUUCCAUGUAUUGAUAGAUAAAUGAACAUGCCUUACCAAGCCGGUGGUAUGUUUCUUAGUGUACAAUUGAUAAAUACUGUUGGCAUGAGCUGCCCCAUGUGGUUGCACAACUGUGAAAAUGCAGCGGGAAUGCUUGUAUGAGUAGGAGGCCUGAUUAAAAAAAUAAACAGAAAUGAUCACAA